AUGGAAAUCGUGUUGAAAAUAGCAGAUGUCGCCUGGAAAAUCAAAAUUCUUGUCGACAAUGUUCGUGCAAAUAGAAAACGAUGUCGACGUUUGAACGAUCGAAUAUCAGUUCUCGUUCCAUUGCUUCAACAAUUACAUGGGAAAAAAUCGUUGACAACGAAGUAUGCAGCAGCAUUGGAACGAUUACUCGUUUGUGUUCAACGUUGUUAUGCAUUUAUAAAGAAAUUUACUGAGAGUAAUUGGUUUGUUCGAGUUUAUGAUCAAGCAUGUCAUCGGGAUACGUUUGAUGAAUUAAAUCAAACUCUUUAUUCAUGUGCAACAGAUUUAAAUUUAGCUUUAGCUAUACAAAAUCAUUUCAAACGUGAACAGGACGAAAUUGAUCGACGUGAUGAUAAAGAAUUUUUAUCGAACAACUUUGACAAAAUUAUUCGCUUACAAAGUGAAUAUUCACAACAACACACAGUUCAACUGGGCAAUAUUGAACGCAUGUUCCAAUCAUUGAUCGAUAAUAACAAACAGAACCUUGAGGCAUUAAUGGACGAUUACAAACGACAGAAAAUGCGUGAAGAGGAAAAACUCUUCGUUCAUGUUCAAUACAGUCAAGUCAUACUCCAACAAUUGAUCGCUACUGCCAGUUCGGGUAACGUGUACAGAGGACGAUGGAGCAAUUCGAAAGUUGUCGUCAAAGAGCUGAAGAUUUCUGCUAUGAGAGGACAUGAACGAGAGGAAUUUGUCAAAGCCGUAGAGAUUCUUACGCGUAUUCGUCAUGAAAAUGUUGUACAACAUCUCGGUGCAUGUAUUGAAGAACCGGAUCGUUAUCUCGUUCUUAGUGAACUAAUGCCUUUAGGAUCCUUGAAUGCUAUUUUACGAGACAAAAAAUUAGAAUUCACAUGGAUUGAUCGUUGGUCUAUUGCUAAACAGAUUACAAACGCUAUUCUCUAUCUUCAUACGUUUUGCUCACCGCCGAUUAUUCAUAAAGAUAUCAAAUCGUCGAAUAUUCUUUUGGAUUAUUAUGGUGGUGAUCGGCGAAAAUAUCGAGCAAAAGUAAACGAUUUUGGAUUAGAUCAAAUUCAUGGUGCGGUUGGCACUCUAGCUUGGUCUGCACCGGAAACUUUGCGAACAAUGAAUCGACGUGAGUUUAAUUCAGCCAGUGAUGUUUACAGUCUGGGUGUGGUCAUGUGGGAAUUGACCACAAGUCAAGUACCUUAUGCAAAUCAGUCAUCCGAAGAAAUCAUUCGCCGGAUUUGCGAAGGUGAACAAUUACCCGUUUCGUAUGAACAUAUUCCACGAAUAUUUGCGAAUAUUCUUUAUCAAACAUGGAAUCAGGACGUAGACGAACGACUCUCUUGUGUGCAAGUAUACGCUCGUCUAGCCAUCGGUUCGAAAAGAGCUGAUUUCAAUGAAAAUUUGUGGCCCGAUACCGUCAAGUCAUCACCGAUUCAUCUCGAUCCACCCAAUGUUUUAGAUCAUCUGUUAACGUUGAAAUAUCAAUCGGAUCAACCAAUUGAACAUCGCAAUAUACAAGCAAUCAGCGAAGCUGCCAAUGAAUUAUUCAAUUUAAAGAAAAGCAAUCCGAAACCAAUUACAGCAACUUCUUUUGAACAUUUGAUAAGCAUUGGUGAAUCAUUUUUGGAAGCGAAGACUGAUGUCAACUCGUACAUUAGUGCGACUUGCCAAUUAAUUGGUCUCUUCGCUGAAAACUUUUCAAUGAACCCAAUUAUUGUUGAACAAGGUGGUGUUCUCUUUCUUCUGCAUGUGAUUCAAACCUUUGCUGAUACAGACCAAGCCAUAGUGAAGCAAGCAGGUGAUGCUCUCAGCAAAUUGAAUAGUUAUGUUCAAAAUGAUUCAUCAACAAGCAGCCAGGUUCCUAAUCAGACUGAAGUAAAUAAGAAAAUCCAGUACAAUACCGACGAAUCUGAUUCAACAAUGAUCUUACGACAAGUAACACAGCAAGUCCAAUUGGAAGGUCAUGCAGAUGAACAUGUAUUGACUAUGAUCGACGAACUACUUGAAAAUACACCGGAUGAAGUUGACGACGAAGUCUCACAUAAAAAGAAGAACAAGCAAAGUUCUUCAGAGAAAAAGUGGCACAUUAAAUAUGUCUUUGGUAAGAAAAGUUCUUCACAAAAGAAAUAG